AUGGAUAUAUUAAAGAGAGUUUUACUACUGCUUUUCAUUACAUCGGUAUGCGCCUUUCCAGCUGUUGGUAACCUUGAAAGAGGAGACAUUCUGGAGCCAAGAGCAGGGCUAUUUUGCCAAGCUUCAGACCCCGACAACAAAGCUUUCAAGAGUAAUGCAGUUGCUGGAUCUGCAUUCUGCUCAACCUACAUUCGAAAAACUACAACUACCACUAUAACUCCUACUUCAACUAUUACUUCCACUCAGACCGCACUGACAACAACUACGGCAACUGUAUUCACUACCGUUUUGACUACAUCCUCUAUUAGCACCUUUACUACCUCAACAAAAAGAGGAUCAACUUUAAUCACACUGACCAAAACUGCCCUUGUCACGGAUACGAUAACUGAGACAUUCACAGCCCAGGCAACAAAGCGAGUCACUAACACAGUAACAAAAACAACGCCCAUCACAAUUACAUCUCACAGCAGCAAGACCGUCACUGUAGCAUCUACAACGACUGCUACAAUUAAUAUUAAUACUACAGUCACAAAGCUCGUAACCAAUGCUCUGACCAAUUUUAUCACUGGCAAAACUACCCUUUGGGUGACCACUACGGCAUCUGCUCCAGUAGUAACCUCGGACCCAACCACGAUUUACUGCAAAAUUCGAGGUUAUGCCAAAUCCUCCGAAUAUAUUCUUUUCCAACAGAAUCCCUUUCCUAACAUUGGCUUCUCUACUUGCAAGAGCUAUUGCUUAGACCAACAGGACGACAUUCCAGUUUACGGCUUCGGCUUUACUUCUACUGGCUGUUACUGCUAUAGCGAGCCAGUAUCAGAUGCAAUUGAGCCCAACAAGGAACUGGUGGCUACAAACUAUGAUAUGUCCUGUGAUUUUGCAGACCAGGUUAGUAAAGCCUUCGUAUAUGGAGACAGCCAGCAGACGUUAACGUUUCUCGAGGAUGGCUCCCAGCCUGUCAAGCGGGAAGUACAAGAGCGUGCUGCCAAGACUACACCAGUGCCAAGCUUCUUGCCCAACAAAACGCCCAGUGUCGUCAGCAGUGCCUGUUCUUGCUUAAUCACCAAACCUGCUGCUCGCCAGACCUUCAGCGUUUUUGCCGACCCCACGACUAUCCAAGCUACAAUGACGACAACCAAGGUGGUAACGAUCAACAAGAAGAAGACUACUCUUUCUACGACACGUCAGACUGUUACCUCAACAGUUUUGACCACUUUGAUAGCGACAGGAACUCAAAGUGUAACCAGAACUCAGCAUACAACCAGUACUAUUACCAAGCCGGUUACUGUCUUUAUCACAAACUUUAAUACAGUUACUGUAGUACAGACUGUUACUUCUUCUACAGUUAAGACUGAUACUAUCCCUGUUACCAAGGUUAAUACCAUCCCUUGGACUCGCCUUAGCACUGUCCUUGUUACCAAGGGGCUCACCACUACGGUCGUGCGAACUGCUCCGACUCCGCAAACCGUCACGUCUACUGUUACGCAGGAAGGGUCUAUCAGUACUUAUGUCCCCGAAAUCACAAUUUGGGGUACUGACGAGCCCGAUUCCACGACCGAAGAUGCUACGAGUACACGUCCAAUUAUACCAUCUCCAAAUUCAUCUUUCAGUAUGUCUGCGGAAACACCUGUUACACCUUCAAAGUCGAGUACGUCUAUGGUCGCAGCUGCCACCCCUUCAAGUUCGAGUACGCCCACGACUACUCCUGGCUGGCAGCUGUUAGACAACAACGCUGCGGCUAUCAGCAUUGUUGCUGACGGCUCCGACCUCUACCAGCUCCAUAGCUCUGGUUUGAUCUGGUUCUACACAGGUACCCCUAUUAGCGGUUGGCGAUUGUUGGGCAAUAAGGCUUCAACCACUAAGAUUGAUGCAUCAAAGGGUAAUCUCUACCAGCUUCGCAAUACUGGUGAGAUCUUCAGAUAUACCGGUACUCCAGUCACGGGUUGGCAGUUGGUAGACAACAACCCUGCCGCCCUCGACAUCGUAGCCAGCGGUAACGACCUAUACCAACUCCACGAAUCAGGUUUCGUCUAUAAAUACACGGGCACUCCUAUAACUGGAUGGCAACAGUUGAGCAACAGCAAGAAUACCUUCAAAAUUGCCGCUUCCGGUGGAAACCUCUACCGACUCGACAAUGACGGCACUAUCUGGAAGUACAAUGGAGUGCCCCUCACUGGAUGGGACAAGCUGAGAUCCUCAGACUCAGGGAUCAAGGAUAUUGUGGCACGCAAUGCUGACCUCUAUGAGCUUGAUAAUGAUGGAAAUAUCCGGCAAUAUACUGGCGUUCCGAUAACCGGCUGGAGGCAACUAGAUAACAACUUUCGGACGAUACAGAUUGCUGCCGGAGCUGGAGGAUUCUAUCAGCUUCAUAACUGGGGGGCUAUCUGGCUAUAUACUGGCACGCCCAUCACUGGCUGGAAGCUACUGGAUGCAAACGCUACCUCUACCUACAUUACGGCAGGAGACUCACUCUACCAGCUUCGCACCACUGGUUAUAUCUUUAAGUAUAACCCAUAG